CUGCUGCGCGUUACAGGAGUCUAACCGCUCUCUUAUAAACGUAAACUUGAGUGUUUUAUUGAAACAUGGAGCCUGUCAAUGUCACUCUUGCCCUGGACACAGUUGGAGAUUUGAAAGAGCGCUUCACAGCCUCUGUAACUCCGGACAACGCCACGCUGAGCGAGGACUUGCUGCAGUUUUCAUCAAACACAAAUGAGACGACCGCAGUGGAGAGGGACCCGAAGAGUUUGAUCCUGGCGGUGUGCAUCACAGCUCUGUACUCUGCGAUCUGCGUGGUGGGGCUACUGGGCAACGUGCUCGUCAUGUAUGGAGUGGUCAGAUACACCAAAAUGAAGACAGCUACCAACAUCUACAUCUUUAACCUGGCUCUGGCAGACGCUCUGGCCACCAGCACACUCCCAUUCCAGAGUGCUAAGUACUUGAUGGAAACAUGGCCCUUUGGGGAGCUACUGUGUAAAACGGUUAUGGCCAUAGACUACUACAACAUGUUCACAAGCAUUUUCACUCUGACCAUGAUGAGUGUGGACCGCUACAUCGCCGUGUGUCACCCUGUGAAAGCUCUGGACUUCAGGACCCCUGCCAAGGCCAAGAUCAUUAACGUCUGCAUCUGGAUCCUGUCGUCUGCGGUUGGGGUGCCUGUCACCAUUAUGGCUGUUACCAAGGUGACAAGCAAUGGAAACAUUGCAUGCAUGAUGCAGUUUCCAGAGCCAGACUGGUACUGGGACACAGUGACAAAGAUCUGCGUGUUCAUAUUCGCCUUUGUGAUGCCCGUGAUGGUGAUCACUGUGUGCUAUGGCCUGAUGAUCCUGAGGCUAAAGAGUGUACGUCUUCUGUCCGGCUCCAAAGAGAAGGACAGGAACCUGCGCAGGAUCACCAGGAUGGUGCUGGUGGUGGUGGCUGCGUUUGUGAUCUGCUGGACCCCCAUCCACAUCUUCAUCAUUGUCAGGACCAUUGUUCACGUCAACCAGAACAACCUCCUAGUGAAGGCCAGCUGGCACCUGUGCAUUGCUCUUGGCUACACCAACAGCAGCCUGAACCCUGUGCUCUAUGCCUUCCUGGAUGAAAACUUCAAAAGAUGUCUGAGAGACUUCUGCUUCCCGUCCCGCUCCCAUAUGGAGCAGAGCAGCUUCAGCCGUGUGCGCAACAGUACCCGAGAGCCUGCAUCCAUCUGUGCUCCCAGCAGGAGGGAGAGGGCUCCGGCCUGACUAGGCCUGGAGCAGAGGACAGCAAAGAGUGCCCAGGAUGACCUUACGGAGGUCACACAGAUCACCACUACCGGCCUGUAGACGCAAAUGCACAAGGCUCUCUACACAGUGUCUCAUGUAACCCACACAUCUCUGUGGGUUUUAAGGGAUUUAUGCUCCAGGAUUGUCUUUCAGGACUAUGCGUCUGUGUGUCUGUACAUAAGAGAGUACUGUAUUAAAAACAUACAGCUGAUUCUGACUCUUAAGCCGCAAAUUCUUCUUUUGUAUUUAUCAUCAGAUUUAGAGGCAGCAUGCAGUCUUAUGUGUCCAUUUACACCUUGAAAUGGCAAUGGAAAUGCUUCAUCUGCUGUUCGACAAUGACAAACAAAAUGUUGCAAACCAUAUAAGGGAACCUUGUCGGCUCCUAUAAACACUUCUUCAAUGAUCAAAUGUAUGUAUUAGACAAAUACAGGACAAGAUGAAGACCAGACUGACUGUCUGCAAAUUCUUUGGCAGAGACAAUCCACAAGCAAAACACAUGGUUGGACAGUGCUGGAUCCCACAUAGAAGUGAGAGUGACACAGCUGCCACAUUAAAGCCUGGAGAGAUCACAUUUCAUUUAACAUUGACUUAACCUGGAUUUAAGAAACCAUGAAGUAGCUUUAAGCCAUGGUUCAAAUAGUUUGAUGUGUCACUAUGACAAUUAGUAACUGGCGUCCGUUGUGUACUCUGCACAGGAACAGUCCCACUCACACCAAACAGCUAAUAACAUUGUUUAAGCCUUUGUGAUAUCUGAAUUAUGAUAUCCAUUUUCAUGUUCAAGCCUGUGGUAGUGGGAGAAAUAAUUACAGAUAAAGCCCACACACAGAACCAUGUGCUCAGUAAUUAUGUGUGAUCCCAGUGCACAGGUAUUUUAACUAAAGGCAUGUAGAGAUGACACUAUCUCUCAUGCACAUCAGCUGACUCACAAGUUCACUGUUUCACAAACAUUUACCUGAAGGCAACAUGAGAACCUCCUCACAAAACUGUCACUGCACUUUGGGUCACAAUGAUAUGUGUCACUAUGGCCCAACCAACACACUCA